AUGCUGAAAAUCAACGCCGAAAAUCCAGGCAGCGAACCCAGUUUUGAAGAGUACGUGUCUGUUAUGUUGCAGAAUGUACUUUUGGAACCGUCUGAUGAAGCUUCAGUCUUUAGGAACGAGUACAAGCAGUUCGGAAGCUUUGGUCUGGCCGGAAAAGGCACUGAUGAGAAAAUUAUAAAAGCUGUUGAAGAAUGGUUUGAAAAUUUGGUACAGGAUACCGAUGUUCUGGCUGCCACUAAAAUCAACAUUGAAGAUUACGGAAACAUUGUCGCUGCUACAGACGCUGCCAUUGAGAACUUUGAAACCAUUUUCUUGAAGCAAGAGGAAGUCCAACGCGGAAUCGUUGAUGUUGGUGUGCUUCGUUACCCAGACUUGGAUAACCCAUUUUUCAAGCUUUUCCGUAUCAAGUUGGCCGCCUACAGGAGAAGUUUCCGUGUGCUAAUGGUCCAGAAAGACGAGAGUGGAAUCAAGGGAAGCUAUGAAGCGAUGAAAUUUGUACCUAGAAAAUCAAUUAUGGACGAACUUAGGUCUGAGAUUAUCGAGAAAGCAGCCAGAGAAGCAGAAAAAAUGUUUGACUAA